CAGGUUGUUCUGGUUAACCUGUUGAUAUGCAUGGUAGUUUUCUACACUGUGUACUAUGUGGUCCUAUCUCUGUGCUUCGCAGUAUUCAAGAUUAAAAUGUUGGAUGGUUUGGCACCUUUUGAUUUUAAGACAAAUCCCUCAUGGAUUAACCCCUAUUAUUUAGUUCUUGUAAUAUCAUUGGAAAUAACUUUCUUCAUUUGUGGUCUGUUGUUUGCCCUGGUUGUGGAAGAAUGGGUUUGGGAUUAUGCCGUAACAGUUACUAUUAUUCAUAUCAUCAUAACUUCAGCUGUUAUGUCUGAAUUCCCCCUCAUGUUACACUGGUGGUUGGCAUUAGGAUCUGGAGUAAUUUCAAUGAUUUGUGGAGGACAGAUUUUGGCAUACUGCUUAUUCAAAGACAACUUCAUUUACCCGAUUCUAGAUGAUUUUUGAAAAGGAAAAUUAGAACUUGUCUUUUUAUUUACAUGAAUUCUAUGGUCUCAUUAACAACAU